AUGGUUCAGGAGAGUAUCACCGUCAAGGUGCGGCCGCUAUCCCACCCCUCCCUCGAGAAGAAGAGCCUUCUCGGCGCCGCCCGCCUCUACGUGAGCAAAGACUCACUCAUUGCCCUGACCAACGGCCUCGAGAGCAGACCAUGCGUGGUGGAAAGAGUCCCGCUCGACGGCGACGAUGAGUCUGAUCCGAUUCGUCGGGAAGCUUCACUAUGCGUCCUACCAGAAAAGAACCUCAGCCCGAAUGUGGUUAUGAUGACGCGGGCCUUUCAGGACGCAACGGGGUUUCGUGUCGGCGACCAGGUGCGCAUCGUGCUGAGAGCGGCGACACCAGACGUGGAAGAGGUCGUCGUUCGGGAUCUGAGCGAAUCCGAGGCGGAUGUGACGCCGACGCUGUAUCCGAUGGACUGGAGGGUGGUGUUAAACGCCGUCAUGAACGAUGCGGAGCAAAUAUUUCCCGGAAUGGUCUUUGACGGUGUGUCGUUAGCUAAGGUGCGUCGCAACUUCAAGGUCCUCCGCGUCAACGGGCAGAGCCAUAUUCUCGGCCGCUUUCGCCCCGGCACCAGCGCCAUUCGCAUCCUGUCACCCGGCGAGGACGACGUGGCCGCCGCCGUCGAAACGCCCGGCGGAAGGCUCCUCGUCACCGACCUCCCUGGGCUGGCGGACCAAGUCGCUCCACUCAACGCAUUUCUUCGGCGCUUUGGCCGGCCCUUUUGGGUCCGGCGCGACUUCAUUUCGUGCGCCUUUGUCGUGCACGGCGCACGCGGCCUGGGCAAGACAAUGAUCCUGAACCGGCUGGCCGCCACGGGCUGGGGCGCGGUGCACUGGAUCCCGUCGUCGGUCAAGCCGUCGGCCCUGCGCGAGACGUUUCGGCAGGCGUCAGCCGGCGGCCGGCCAACCAUCAUUCUGCUCGACGAGCUCGAGGUCUUACUUGCCAAGGACCGCGUGCACCACGACGCCAUUGUUGAGACGCUCGCGGGUGAACUCGACGCGCUGGCCGAGCGUGCAGUCAAUCAACAGCGCCUGCCGCCUGUCGUCGUCGUGGCCGCCUGCCUUGACUAUGCGGCCGACGUGCCGGCCAGGCUGCAAAAAUUGACGCGCCUGAGCCGGAAUAUCAUGCUGCGGUUACCGCGUGCGGCGGAGCGGAAGGAGAUUCUCGAGUUUCUGGAUCCACCGCUGCGGGAGGCGGAGCGCGAAGCCUGCCUGGCGAGCCUCGCAUCAGAGACGCACGCCUUUAGUGGCAAAGACCUGGCGAUCCUGGUGCAGACGGCUACUGACAUGCUCGACACCCGGCUGGAAAACGAGGCCGAAGACGCCGCCGGGCGCAGCGGAGAUGAGACGGAGGAGGUGGCUCGUGCGGUGCACUACUUGGAAGUGUCCGACAUGGAAUUGGCGCGGCGACUGACGAUUCCGACGGCCAUGCACGACAUCAACCUCUCCAGGUCGACCAUUCAUUGGAACGACAUUGGCGGCCAAGAUGACCUUAAAAAGAUCCUUUCACGGAUGAUUAAAAACACAAAGCUAACGAGCUUUGAACAGGACAUGACUCCUGCCAGCCGCCGCGUGCUGCGCAGGCCGCCCAAGGGCCUGCUCCUGUACGGUCCCCCCGGAUGUUCCAAGACGCUCUUAGCACAGGCCCUGGCCAUCGAGUCGUCUUUUAACUUUUUCGCCGUCAAGGGGCCCGAGCUUCUCAACAUGUACGUCGGCGAGUCGGAGCGCGCCGUGCGCACCUUGUUUGAGCGCGCCCGCGCCGCCUCCCCGUCCAUCAUCUUUUUCGACGAAAUCGACUCCAUUGGCGGGCGGCGCAACGGCGGCGACGGCGGGGCCGCCAGCCGCAGCACCUCGUCGGUCAACAUCCUUACGGCCCUGCUUACGGAAGUAGACGGCUUCGAGAGGCUCCACGGGGUGCUCGUGGUGGCGGCCACAAACCGCCCCGACGCCAUGGACCCGGCGCUGCUACGGGCCGGCCGUUUCGACAAGAUCAUGUACGUGGGCCCGCCCGACGAGGCCGCGCGCGCCGCCAUCUUUGCAGUGCACCUGAGGGGUCUCUCGCUCGCGGCCGACGUCGACUGCGCGGAGCUGGCGCGCCUCGCCGAGGGCUUCUCGGGCGCCGAGAUUGAGGCCAUCUGCACGACGGCGGGCACGGCGGCGCUGGAGCGCUACGAGGACGCCGUCGAGACGGGAGGAGAGGCAAAGCAAAUGGAAAUCACGAUGGAGGACCUGAGGGCGGCGCUGUGCGCGACACCGAAGCACAUCACGGAGGAUAUGAUAAACGAGUACAAGAAGUGGUCGCAAAAGUUUAUCGCAAAGAAAUAA